UUUUUUUAUCCAACCACAGGACGCUGCUUUCAAUGUUCAAAAUACACCAGAGAGCAUAAUUUAGCCGCAGAGUAUCAAUAUUUUAAACACAAUUGAUUUGGGUAAAAAAUGUAUUACAAGCACAUACAAGAAAUUGCCAAAAUCAAGGAAACACUAACGUAGUGUCUUAAAACUGUGUUUGUUACGGUGCCUAUGAGUUCUUAAUCGGGCCCUGAGUAGCACUAUUGUCUCAAUGCUGUAAACUGAUAUUUCCAUAAUUUCAGAGGAAAACAUAGCAAACGAUGAUGAGGAGCUUAUGCUGGACAACUUUGUGACGUUCUUCAUUGUGGGGCAAGAGACAACAGCCAAUCAACUAGCUUUUGCCGUCAUGGAACUGGGAAGGCUGCCAGAGAUACUGACGAAGGUGAGGCAGGAAGUGGAUGACGUCCUCGGGAUGAAACAGGAAAUCAACUUCGACGACCUGGGGAAAAUGACCUACCUGUCUCAGGUUUUGAAGGAGACUCUAAGGUUGUACCCUACAGCACUAGUCACUUCUCGUUUCAUCUCCAACGACAUCGUCAUCAACGGCAUCCCCAUCCCAGCAGGAGUCACAUGCGUCUUCAAUUCGUAUGUCUGUGGAAGGUUGGAUAAGUUCUUUGAGGACCCGCUGAAGUUUGACCCAGAGAGGUUCCAUCCAGACGCUGCCAAACCCUAUUACUGCUACUACCCCUUCUCCCUGGGACCGCGCUCAUGUCUGGGACAGAGCUUCGCACAGGUGGAGGCCAAGGUAGUGAUGGCCAAGCUGCUCCAGAGGUUUGACUUCAGCCUGCUGCCUGGCCAGUCCUUUGACAUCCUGGACACUGGGACUUUGAGACCAAAGAGUGGAGUGGUGUGUAACAUCAGACACAGAGGACAGACACCUGCAGCCUGACCUGACUGGGACCUGAACAUGACUAGCACUUCUCUAUAACUUGUCUUAUUUCUUAUACUUCCUAGUGGAGCAAAUUAUCUCUUUCUUUCAAUGAAGCACCUUAUUGAA